AAUUAUCGAUGAGUUUUAAAAUUAUCCAGAUUAUUGUAACUGCAACUAAGUUCUGUAUAUUAUUACAUGUGAUUGUGUCUAAAUAAAUUAGGCCAUUUGUAUAUUCUCAAUUAUGCAAGAACAUUUUUGAUGUUACUGUUUUGUAUAUAAAGAGAGGAAAUGUACCGGAUUUGGUCUAAAAAGUGGACAACUGCACAAAAUGUGCAAUUGAUGCUUACAAAAUAUGUACAGACGUCUGAGUUUUCCCGAAAAUAUUCUCUACUUAAAAUAUCGGUUGUAAAUAAAAUAUUUGAUAUUGGCGAAAAUAAGCGGCAAAAAAUUCCAGUCAAUCCAGGAGUUCGUUCUCAAUCUACAACUAUAAACGAAGUACUUAGAAAAAAGAAAAAACGUAUAGUAAAACCUCGUUAUUCUAAAUAUGUAGAGCUUCUUGAAGUGACAGAUAUGUCAGCCAAUGAGCGAAAGUCGCGGGUCAAAAGAUUGAAAGCGAAAAAAUUACAGGAGUUUAUUGCUAGAACGCAGGCUCAAAUAAUUGAGAAGCGGGCUAAGGAAAGCAAACAACUUAAGAACAAAACUCCUCUCACACCUAUAAUAGAAAAUAGAACAGUUGCUGAGAAGCCUAAAAUAAAUGCAGAGCUUACAAUUUCCAAACAAAUUGAUAUAGGUGAAAUGGAUCGUACAAUAUUGGAAUCGGGAAUAUAUGAUGACAAGCCAUUUAUAUUUUUCGGGAAGGAAGAAUACACGAAACUUGUUAUAAAUAAUACUGAAGACAUUAAUAAUAUAAUAAAAAGUUUCAACAGUUAUCGCGACAUACUUGAAAGUAUGGGAAAUGAAUGUCAAGAAGUUACUGAAACACCAAUUGAUAAUUUCAGUUUUGUGGUUCCUAAAGAUAACGAUGUCGAAGAGCCCUUGGGUCUUUUAGAGGCUAGCGAAUCUUAUAUUUCUUCAAAGAGUAUGGAAAGUAGCGCUUCUAAAUAUCACAAUGUUCAGAGUACAGAAACUACUGUUAUCACAAAGCCAAAAUCAAGGUUUAAGUCUAAAAUACAUAAUAACGAGGAGCAAGAACGCUUCGCAAAGGAAAAAGCUCUUCGAAUCAAUUUGGAGUCAUACCUUAAUGUAUGUGUUUCAGCUGGAAUGAUUAAUCGUGGAAUUUCCACAUUGUUAGCAUAUAGACAAAAAACAAAAAAAAAGUUGGAAACUCUGAGUCUCAUUACAAUUGAAUUUUACAAUAUUAUAUUACAUGGACUAGCCGAAAAGGGUUCAUUUGAGCGAUUCAAUGAUAUUUUCGCAUUGAUUGGAGAAGAUCAAUUGAAAUUUAAUGAACAAACAUAUGCCGCUAUUUUGGAAUGUCUAGGACGCAUUGAAUCAUCGGAAGAAAAUAUUCACCAAAUUAAAAAGUUUGAACAAAUGGCAAACCAAAAUGGAAUAACGUUAAAUGAAAUAAUGGAUCGAUCAGUGUUUAUUGCUGAUCAAAGAGAUAUUGCUUUAGACGCUAUUCGACGAAUACGACCAGAUUUUACUCCUAUAUAUACACCACCAGUUCUAUGUUAUAAUAAUGAACUCCUUAAUAAUUUAAACCAAUCUAUUGUACCUUUAGACAAAACAUCGUCAUCAAUUACAAAUGUAAUGAAAUCGAAAUGUGGCUAUGAUAGGACUGAAACAUCGUCAUCAAUUACAAAUGUAAUGAAAUCGAAAUGUGGUUAUAAUAGGGCUGAACUAGAAAAGAUGGCACGUGAACAACUGAAAGUUGAAUUAGAUGGCUGCAUAACAAUAAGGUCAAUUGAAAAUUCAAUUGAAUUUGCUAAUGCUGAAUAUUGUCGUAGAAAACUUAAAGAUCUUGAAGAGCUGUGGCGUGUUCAAAUAAAUGCUGCUAUCAUGCGGGACUUAAAUACAUUACGAGCUCAAAUCCGUUACAAACCGAAUAGUUUCAUGAAUUACUACACAUACCUUAAAGCUUUAGAUACCUCUAUAUAUACAGAUAUUUUAAUAAAAGAAAUAUUUAAGUUGGCAGAAGGAUCGGAAACUUUUAGUCCAACAGUAGGACAACUUUAUAAAGAACUUGGCAAAAAAAUAGAGCAAAGAUAUCAAAUUGAAAUGAAAAAGAAAAAUGGUGUAUUGGAAAAAAUUGGAGAAAUAUAUAGCUGUUAUUGUGAAAUAUGGGGCGAGGGAAAUACUAAUGAUAAUGCUCGUCAAAUAUGGCAACGGCUGGUACACAAUCACCGAAAUAGUGGGCCCAGUAUGGAUGUAAAAUAUGUAGGUUGGCCUACCAAUGUGCAGUCUGGUGUUGGCCGUUUUCUGUACAAUAUUUUGAUGCGUGACAUUAAAAUAGAUGCUCAUAUUAUGCGUCAAAAAACCAAAAGCAAACAACAGAAUCUUUUACCCGCCUUUUAUACACUUUUUCGAAACCAAGGACGCUUAGUAAAAGAAGAAGUUAAACCUCAUCCUGUAUUAGCGAAAUUAUUGCGCACGUCACACCAGAAAACAUUAACAUUUGAUUCGAGUCUGGUACCAAUGCUAUGCCCACCACAACCUUGGAGUACUCCCAAUAAUGGAGGCUAUUUACUCAAUAAAUCAGAACUGAUACGUUUGCCUCAUCAAGCCAUUCAGCAAUGGGAUCGCAUAAAUUCAAGCAGCCAACAACAAAUUUAUCCGGCUCUUGAUUCUUUGAAUCAGCUUUCUAGUAUAGCCUGGCGCGUAAACACGGAGUCCGCAUUCGAAAUUGAUCUUAUUUCAAACAACAGAGAACAAAAUAAACAUUAUAUAAUCUUGAAAACUACUGGUACAAUCUUUAAAAAUUUUGUACCGCCGUGGAUUUGGUCAUUUCUUCUGAUUCUCAACGUUAUAAUAGAGGUAUUUCAAAAUGGUGGAGACGUUAAACUUGAUAUACCUCAACCACCAAGCUCACUGCCGAAAUUUCCCUUAUGCGAUGAGGAAAAUACAGCAUUAAGUACGGCCGAACGAUCGAAACUUUUUAAAGACAAACUAGCACAUCGCCGAAAACAAGGAGAGAUGUAUAGCUUAUGGUGUGAUACUUUAUAUCGUCUUUCUUUAGCAUCUCACUAUCGCAAUCGAGUGUUUUGGCUACCUCAUAAUAUGGACUUUCGCGGCCGCGUUUAUCCAAUACCACCUCAUCUCAAUCAUUUGGGAUCAGACUUAGCACGCUCCAUGCUUGUUUUUGAUCAAGCACAACCUCUUGGGCAUGAUGGUUUUAACUGGUUGAAAUUGCAUUGCAUUAACUUAACAGGCUUAAAGAAACGCGAUUCAGUCCAUGAACGUUUACUUUUUGCUGAGGAAAUAAUGGAUGAUAUUAUUGAUUCUGCUGAUAAUCCUUUAACUGGCAGAAUGUGGUGGACCCAAUCAGAUGAACCAUGGCAAACAUUAGCUUGUUGCAUGGAAAUAACUAAAGUUUGUCGCUCAAGUAAUCGCGAAGGUUUCCUAAGCCGGUUUCCAAUUCAUCAGGACGGUUCCUGUAAUGGGCUACAACACUAUGCUGCCCUAGGGCGAGAUGAAGCUGGAGCCAAAAGUGUUAAUCUGUUUCCUUCACCUUUGCCUCAAGAUGUUUAUAGUGCUGUUGCUGCACUUGUAGAGAAAUCUCGUAAAUCAGAUGCAUCAAACGGAGUCAAAGUAGCGCAAGCGUUAGAGGGUUUUGUCCACCGAAAGGUUAUUAAACAAACUGUGAUGACUACUGUGUAUGGAGUUACCCGCUAUGGUGCACGACUACAAAUAGCACGUCAGUUAAAAGAUAUUGAAAGUUUUCCUAAAGAAUGGGUAUGGCCUGCAUCCACAUAUUUAACAUCGAAGACCUUCGAAAGCUUACGAGAAAUGUUUACAUCAACACGUGAAAUACAGGAUUGGUUUACGGAAUGCGCUCGACUAAUAUCAGGCAUUUGUGGACAAAAUGUAGAGUGGGUAACGCCGCUUGGUCUUCCAGUUGUGCAACCAUAUAAUCGACAGGAAGUUAAACAUACCAUGCGUGCAGCUGCACGAGUUUCUGAAACUAUGGCUAUGGACAUGUAUGAAAAGCCGAAUGUUAUGAAACAAAAAAAUGCAUUUCCGCCCAACUUCAUACAUUCUCUAGACUCUUCCCAUAUGAUGCUCACUUCUCUUUAUUGCGAACAAAAGGGGCUUACAUUUGUUUCCGUACAUGACUGCUUUUGGACUCAUGCAUGCACAGUACCCGAAAUGAAUCAGAUAUGCAGAGAACAAUUUGUAUCUUUACAUUCUCAACAUAUUUUAGAGAACUUGGCAGCAUUUAUGAGAUCGAAAUAUAGCUUCCAAGAAUCUGCCCUGCUUAAUGAUGGAUCUGCGGACGACCUUUCAAAAUGUAGGCUCAACCGAACCUUAGGAGAGAUGCCGAAAAAGGGCGACUUUGAUUUGCGAAACGUUUUGAACUCUGUGUAUUUUUUCAGUUAGGUUCAUUAUAUUAAUAUAACUUACUACAAAGUAGUUUGAUUUAAUAAAAGUUGCUUUAUAUACAAAAAGCCAAA